UUUAUGAAAUGUAAACGCAACCACCUUUCUUAAACAUAUUUCUUAUAACGCCUUUGCAGAUUUGACUCGGUUGUCGAAGAAGUAGUUUGGAAACCAAGGAAUUUCACGAUUUUUGUUAUUUUUCGAGCCUAGGACAUGAGAAGAGCUGUGUCUGGCCGGUAAUCUCAUCAAUCAAAGUAUAUUUCCGUAAUAGACGAGGUCCUGAUACACRAAAGCUGCGUGCCCAUUAGAGCUACACGAUUUCCACAAGCUUAGUGCCACAAGUACGAUGACUGUCCGUAACUAUACUAAUGUAACAAACGCUUCUUUGCCAAGCCAAGGAUAUACAGAACAAAAUCCAGCCCUACUGAGAUACUCUUCUGUGGAAAGAAUAGCCUGCUAUUCGAUAAUAUAUGGCUUCAUUUCGCUUUUGGCCCUCGUAGGCAACAUAUUGGUGUGUUUCGUCAUCAUCAAGAACCCGCGCAUGCGUACAGUAACCAAUGUGUUUCUACUGAACUUAGCCCUGGCUGACAUAUUGUUCAUAAUGGUGACCGUUCCAGGGGUAAUGAACAUAGAAAUUAUCCCUUCCUAUUGGGUGUUUGGGGAGCUCCUCUGCAAGAUCGUCCCCUUUAUAAACACGGUAACACUGUCCACAUCUAUAUAUACCAUGGUAGUGCUGGCUAUAGACAGGUAUUAUGCAGUUUUGCACCCGUUUCGUGCUAAACUUCAACACACAGUCAGACGAACGUCUUGUCUUAUCGCUCUGAUUUGGGUUAUAUCAGUCAUGGUUGCAUCACCUCAGAUUCCUUCACGUGUUCUCAUUCGCUACCCACACCUUACAAAUAUGAUUGUUUGUGGUCAAGAUUGGAGCAAACUUGGUGGCCAGUUAGGCCAUCAAAUCUACAGUGUGGCAAUAUUCUUAAUAUUUUUUGCAGUUCCAAUAACCAUCAUAUCAUUUGCCUAUAGCGCCAUCAUAGCAAGGCUAAGAAAAACUGAUGGAGCAUUAAGGGAGACGUUCAGAUCAAGUCAAGGACGGGCAAAUAAAGACGGCCAGCCAGAACAGGAAGGGUCGAGCGCUGUAUCAAGAAAAAACCGCAAGACCACGUUCAUGAUGUUAACAGUGAUCAUCGUCUUUCUGAUUUGUAUGUUACCACUUAAUGUUUUCAUUCUUGUCAUCAUUUUCCCCAGCGAGCAAAUGAGUAACGCCAGUGAAGAAAUCUCAGAUGCAAAUUCAGUCCUUACCGUCUUUGCAAUCGCUUCAAGUGCGUGCAAUCCAAUCAUUUAUAACUUUUUCAGCCUUAAAUUCAGAAGAGCCUUUGCUGAUGCCUUUCGUUGUGAAUGUAAAUAUAAAAGAGUGAUGAGGAAUAAUAUGACGUCAGAAUUCAACACAUUGUGACUUAAGUUAUGUUUUGAAUGACGUCACUGUAUUUAAAGGGUCCCAUAUAAGGAACGACCAAUAAGCCUAGUUGGCUAAAAAAAUUGACCUUCACCAAAUCAAAUUUUAAUUUGAAAUGCGAAUCUAAGAACACUAUGUGACGUCAUAAUUGAUGCCACAAUAUAAUAUACUUCAGAUAAUAGAUUAUCUUGUAAUAACGAUACCUGCGACCGAGAAGCACUGGAACCCAAGGUAGAUACUUGAUGAUGAAAUGUGAGGAUAACAUGAAAAUGAAAAAGAAAUCACACUUUUUCUCGAUUUAAUUUGUGCCCUUUUUGUGUGUAUUUCCAUGUUAGCCUUGCUUUCAAAUUACACCUGAAAACGGACCAUUAAAAAUGGUUCGUGUCCCGGCCGUGCCAACUCUCAGUCUUAGAAUAACUGAAGCGGAGAAAGUGGUGCCUUUGUAAUUACAUCUACGUGGUUAGACUUUCAAGGAAUCAGAUUACCAAUACUAACAAAUAUCGCAGGGACGUAAACGUACCGAUGAACUGACGAUGUGAGGAAACCCUGGCAGUGACCACCUCAUUUCCUACACCUCAUACUACCAAUCGCUCAUGAUUGUACAUUGCAUAAAAAGCGCCUUUGAUUAUUAUAACUAUUUAGAAAGGGUGUUAUGUACCAUCAGUCAUUAUCGUAAUUGUAUCAUUGAUUUAAUAUUCAACUAAUGACAAAAGCAUCGAAAUAAUGAAAGCAUUUGUUGUGUGAUAGAAAAUGAUUCCAGUCCGCUUAGAUAAGGACACUAAACAUCAGGCCUUGUAUGCCGUCUGCCUCGAUGUAAUAUCGCUGUAUUAGGUGGACGUUAAAGAUCCACUAAGGAUGUGGCACCAUCUUCAAUGCCACUGCUUUGCCGGAUAACUAAUUAAUUAAUAUAACAGUAUUUAACCCGUGAAAUAAAAAUAUUACUCAACUAGUAAUAAUCAAAUAGACACAAAAGAAAUAAAAUGGA